UCCAAGGAGGAACUCCAGACUGUAACGGAAACAGUCACCAUUACCCAAAAACCUCUGAAAUCCAAGGAGGAACUCCAGACUGUACAGGAAAGAGUCACCAUAACCCAGAAGCCUCCAGAAUCCAAAGAGGAACUCCAGACUGUACAGGAAACAGUCACCAUUACCCAAAAACCUCCAGAAUCCAAGGAGGAACUCCAGACUGUAACGGAAACCGUCGCCAUUGCCCAAAAGCCUCUAGAAUCCAAGGAGGAACUCCAGACUGUACAGGAAACAGUCGCCAUUACCCAAAAAUCUUCAGAAUCCAAGAAGGAAACCAAGACUGUACAGAAAACAGUCACUAUUACCCAAGAACCUCCAGAAUCCACGGAGGAACUCCAGACUGUACAGGAAAAGGUCACUGUUACCCAAAAACCUCCAGAAUCCAAAAAGGAAUCCAAGACUGUACAGAAAACAGUCACCAUUACGCAGAAGCCACCAGAGUCCAAGGAGGAACUCCAGACUGUAACGGAAACAGUCGCCAUUAUCCAGAAGCCUCCAGAAUCCGAGGAGGAGCUCCAGACUGUACCAGUCACCAUUACCCCAACAUCGUCAGAAUCCAAGAAAGAAACCAAGACUAUACAGAAAACAGUCACUAUUACCCAAAAACCUCCAGAAUCCAAGGAGGAACUCCAGACUGUACAAGAAACGGUCACAAUUACCCAGAAACCUCCGGAAUCCAAAAAGGAAUCCAAGACUGUACAGAAAACAGUCACCAUUACCCAGAAGCCUCCAGAAUCCCAGGAGGAAUCCAAGAUUGUACAGGAAAUGGUCACUAUUACCCAGAAACCUCCAAAAUCCAAGGAGGAACUCCAGACCGUUAAGAAAACUGUCAGCAUUACCCAAAAACCAUCACAAUCUAAGGUGGAGGAACUACAGACUGUAAAGGAAACAGCCACCGUUACCCAGAAACCUCUACAAUCCAAGGAAGAAGUCAUGACUGUAAAGGAAACGGUCAACAUUAUUCAGAGUUCUGUAGAGUCCAAGGUGGGGAAUCACCAGACCUCAUCUCGGACAGUCACCUUCUCCUCAGAAUCCAAAGUGAAAGAAGUCAGUGUUGUCACCAGUACCCAGAGACCUCCAGGGGCCAAGAUAGAGGCGCUCCAGACUGUGUCAGAAACCAUCAUCCUUACCCACAGUGCACCAGAAGUCAAAGCGGAGAAGGAAGAGGCUGAGCCUUUAGAAUUGGAGGCUUCUCCUCUCCCUGCAGAAGAUCCGGAGUCGUCUCCUGAAGAAGAUGAACGAGAUCGAGUGCAGAAGAAAACAUUUACCAAAUGGGUGAACAAACAUCUUAUAAAGCACUGGAGAGCUGAGGCUCAGCGACACGUCAAUGACCUGUAUGAAGACCUCCGUGAUGGACACAACCUCAUCUCUCUCCUGGAGGUCCUGUCGGGGGAGACCCUGCCGAGGGAACGGGACGUUAUCAGGAACUUGCGGCUGCCCCGGGAGAAAGGCCGCAUGCGCUUCCACAAGCUGCAGAACGUGCAGAUCGCUCUGGAUUUCCUGAAGCUGCGACAGGUGAAGCUGGUGAACAUCCGCAACGAUGACAUCGCAGACGGGAACCCUAAGCUGACGCUCGGCCUGAUCUGGACCAUCAUCCUUCACUUCCAGAUCUCGGACAUCCAGGUGAGCGGUCAGUCGGAGGACAUGACGGCCAAGGAGAAGCUCUUGCUGUGGUCGCAGCGGAUGACGGAGGGCUACCAGGGGCUGCGCUGCGACAACUUCACCGGCAGCUGGAGGGACGGACGACUCUUCAACGCCAUCAUCCACCGGCACAAACCGAUGCUGAUCGACAUGAACAGGGUGUACCGCCAGACCAACAUCGAGAACCUGGACCAGGCCUUUAAUGUGGCGGAACGGGAGCUCGGGGUCACCAGACUGCUGGAUCCAGAGGAUGUGGACGUGCCGCAGCCUGACGAGAAAUCCAUCAUCACCUAUGUGUCCUCCCUCUAUGACGCCAUGCCGCGAGUCCCUGAUGUACAGGAUGGAGUCAGAGCCAAUGAACUGGAGCUGAGAUGGCACGAGUACUACGAGCGGGUGACCAUGCUGCUGCAGUGGAUCAGACACUACACCGUCAUCUUCGAGGAGAAGAGGUUCCCUGCCAGCUAUGAAGAGAUUGAGAUUUUGUGGCGCCAGUUCCUGAAAUUUAAAGAAACAGAUCUUCCCAACAAAGAGGCCGACAAGAACCAGUCCAAGCUGCAGUACCAGUCUCUGGAGGGUGCUGUUAAGUCGGGGCAGCUGAAGGUGACCCCUGGAUACCACCCCCUGGAUGUGGAGAAAGAAUGGGGGAAGCUGCACGUGUCCAUCCUGGAGCGGGAGAAGUUAUUACGUUUCGAACUAGACAGGUUGGAACGUCUGCAGAGAAUUGUCAGUAAAUUACAGAUGGAGUCCGGACUGUGCGAGGAGCAGCUGAACCAGGCCGAUGCCUUACUACAGACGAAUAUCCGCCUCCUGAAUGCAGGAAAACCGAUGCAGCGAGCGGGAGACAUCGAGCGGGACCUGGACAAGGCCGACGCCAUGAUACGGGUUCUGUUCAAUGACGUGCAGGCACUUAAAGAUGGCCGCCAUCCUCAGGGAGAGCAGAUGUAUCGCAGGGUGUACCGUCUCCACGAGCGUCUGGUCGCUAUACGUACGGAAUACAACCUGCGGAUAAAAUCGGGAGCCCAACAGGUCGUCACCCAAGUGACUCACGUGACCCAACAGUCCGUCCGUUCCGACAUGGAUGAGGUUACGCUUCGCUACCUCCAGGAUCUGCUGGGCUGGGUGGAGGAGAACCAGAAACGUAUCAACACCGCGGAGUGGGGCUCCGACCUCCCCAGCGUGGAGUCACAGCUCGGCAGCCACCGCGGCCUCCAUCAGUCCAUCAACGAGUUCCGAUCCAAGAUUGAGCGGGCGCGCACCGAUGAGGCCCAGAUGUCAGGGAGUCGCGGCAGCUUUCAGGAAUAUCUGGGAAAACUGGAUUUACAAUAUGCCAAGCUUCUGAAUUCCUCUAAGGCCAGACUGCGGCACCUGGAGAGUCUUCACGCCUUCGUAGCCGCCGCAACCAAAGAGCUGAUGUGGCUGAACGAUAAAGAGGAGGAAGAAGUGAACUUUGACUGGAGCGAUCGCAACACCAACAUGACCAGCAAAAAGGACAACUACUCGGGAUUGAUGCGGGAGCUUGAAUUGAAGGAGAACAAGAUAAAGGAGAUUCAGAGCAGUGGGGACCGUCUCCUCCGUGAGGACCACCCUGGGAGAUCUACAGUGGAGGCUUUCCAGGCGGCUCUACAGACACAAUGGAGUUGGAUGCUUCAGCUUUGCUGCUGCAUUGAGGCUCAUCUAAAGGAGAACACCGCUUACUUCCAGUUCUUUACAGAUGUAAAGGAGUCAGAGGAGCAUCUGAAGAAGAUUCAGGACAACAUGCGGCGGAAGUACACGUGUGACCGCUCCAACACCGUCACCAGGCUGGAGGAUCUGCUGCAGGACAGUCUGGAUGAGAAGGAGCAGCUGACCGAGUACAAGGGCCAAAUCUCCGGCCUCGCCAAGCGGGCAAAGAGCAUAGUGCAGCUGAAACCUCGCAACCCGGCCAAUGCCCCCAAAGGGCAACAACCCAUUCAGGCCGUGUGUGACUACAAACAGAUGGAGAUCACUAUACAUAAGGGCGACGAGUGUCUUCUGGUCAACAACUCCCAGCCGUACAAGUGGAAGGUGCUGAACUCCUCGGGGAACGAUGCCGUGGUGCCGUCCGUCUGCUUCAUCGUCCCUCCCCCCAACAAGGAGGCAAUGGACGCUGUCAGCAGGUUGGAGAGCAGCCACCAGAACCUUCUCACUUUGUGGCACCGUCUGCACAUCGACCUGAAGAGCCUCCUGUCCUACCAGUACCUUCUGCGUGACAUCCAGAUCAUCCAGUCCUGGACCCUGGUCACGUUCCGCAGUAUGACCUCGGAGGAGUAUAAGCUGAUCCUCAGGAACCUGGAGCUCCAUUACCAGGACUUCUUGCGGGACAGCCAGGACUCACAAAAUUUCCACCCCGACGACCGCAUGAACAUCGAGAGGGAAUAUAACUCCUGCAACCAGAAGUACGAGACCCUGCUGCGCAGCCUGGAGAGAGGGGAGCAGGAUGAGAGCACAUGCAAGAACUACAUCUCCCAGCUGAAGAACAUCCAGCUGCAGCUUGAAGGCUGUGAGGCUCGCACCGUCAGUAAGAUCCGCAGCCCCUUGGACAGAGAUCCUGUCAGGGAAUGUUCCCAGAGGAUCGGAGACCAGCAGCAAAUUCACUUUGAGCUGGAGACGAUUCAGAAGAACCUGGACAAGGUGAGUGAGAAGACCCGGAAGAUUCUGGCCCAGCCCGACCUGGGGGCCGCCGCACCCGUCCUGAGAACUGAGCACGACAUCACCCUGCAGAAGAUGGACCAAGUCCAUAGCCUGUCCUCCAUCUACCUGGAGAAACUGAAGACAAUAAACCUGGUGAUCCGGAACACACAUGGAGCGGAGGAAGUGGUGAAGACCUAUGAGGAUCAGCUGAAGGACGUUCACACUGUACCUGCCGACCUGAAGGAGCUGGAGAACAGCAAGAUCGACCUGAAGCGCAUGCGCGGUCAGGUGGAGGGUCACCAGCCUCUCUUCAGUGGUCUGGACAGUGACCUCAUUAAGGCUCGGGAGGUGAGUGAGAAGAUGUUGCGGUCCCACAAUGAGCGGGACGUGGACCUGGACAGGUAUCGGGAGAAGGUGCAGCAGUUGUUGGAGCGCUGGCAGGCCAUCGUCCUCCAGAUAGACCUGAGACAACGGGAACUGGAGCAGCUGGGGAAACAGCUCCGCUACUACCGAGAGAGCUAUGAGUGGCUGAUCCGCUGGAUCCAGGACGCCAAACAGCGCCAGGAGAGGAUCCAGUCUGUGCCAAUUACCGACAGCAAGACCGUCAGGGAGCAACUUCAGGAGGAGAAGAAACUACUGGAGGAAAGUGAGAAGAACCGGGUGAAGGUGGACGAGUGCCAGAAAUUUGCCAAACAGUACAUAGACGCCAUCAAGGACUUUGAACUCCAGUUGGUGACCUAUAAAGCUCAGGUUGAGCCGGUGGCGUCUCCCGUCAAGAAGCCUAAAGUGCAGUCUACGUCUGAGAACAUCAUCCAGGAGUAUGUCGACCUCCGCACCAAGUACAGUGAACUCACCACCCUGACCAGUCAGUACAUCAAGUUCAUCACCGAGACGCUGCGCCGCCUGGAGGAAGAGGAGAGAGCGGCAGAGAAGCUGAAAGAAGAAGAGAGGAAGAAGCUGGCAGAGGUAGAGGCCCAGCUCGAGAAACAGAGGCAGCUAGCUGAGGCCCACGCUAAGGCCAAGGCCCUGGCUGAGAAGGAGGCCUUAGAGCUGCGAAUGAGCAUGCAAGAAGAGGUCACCAGAAGGGAGGUAGUCGCUGUAGAUGCUGAGCAGCAGAAGAAGAAUAUUCAGCAAGAGCUCCAUCAGAUGAAGCAAAACUCUGAAACAGAGAUCAAGGCCAAGGUAAAACUCAUUGAAGAGGCCGAAUACAACCGCAAAAAAGUGGAGGAGGAGAUCCGGAUCAUCCGUCUGCAGCUGGAGACCAGCCAGAAGCAAAAGUCCAGCGCUGAAGAUGAGCUGCAGGCAUUGAGGGCCCGAGCAGAGGAGGCCGAAAGGCAGAAGAAGCUUGCACAGGAAGAGGCUGAACGUCUGCGAAAACAGGUGAAGGAUGAGGCACAAAAGAAGCGGGAGGCAGAAGAAGAGCUGCAGCGUAAAAUUCACGCUGAGAAAGAAGCAGCCAGAGAGAAGCAAAGGGCCCUGGAUGAUCUGGAGAAACUGAGGCUUCAAGCUGAGGAGGCUGAGAGGAGGAUGAAACAAGCAGAGUUGGAGAAAGAGAGACAAAUCAAACAGGCCCAUGACAUGGCCCAACAGAGCGCUGAUGCAGAGCUACAGAGCAAACGCAUGUCUUACCUGGAGAAGACCACCCAAUUGGAAAUGUCCCUGCAACAGGAGCAUAUCACUGUUACCCACCUGCAAGAAGAGGCUGAACGCCUCAAGAAGCAGCAGUUAGAGGCCGAAAAUGCAAAGGAGGAGGCUGAGAGAGAGUUAGAAAAAUGGAGGCAGAAAGCCAAUGAAGCUUUGAGACUGAGGCUUCAGGCAGAAGAAAUUGCCCACAAGAAAACCCUAGCGCAAGAAGAAGCCGAGAAACAAAAGGAAGAUGCUGAGAGAGAGGCUCGUAAGAGAACCAAAGCUGAGGAGUCUGCUCUGCGCCAAAAAGAACUGGCCGAGGAGGAGCUGGAAAAGCAGAGAAAGUUGGCUGAAGACACAGCGAGCCACAAACUCUCUGCCGAACAAGAGCUAAUCCGGCUGAAGGCCGAAGUGGAAAAUGGUGAACAGCAACGCAUUGUUCUGGAGGAAGAUCUCUAUCGUCUCAAGAAUGAAGUCCAUGAAGCAAUCCAGAGAAGAAGAGGACUCGAGGAAGAACUGGCCAAGGUGCGUGCCGAAAUGGAGAUCCUUUUGAAGGCCAAAGCCAAGACAGAAGAAGAGUCUCGCUCUGCAAGUGAAAAGUCUAAGCAGAUGUUAGAAGAAGAAGCUAACAAGUUGAGAGAGCUCGCAGAAGAAGCGGUCAGGUUACGUGCUCUAUCGGAAGAGGCCAAGAGACAAAGACAAUUAGCAGAAGAAGAAGCCACACGCCAGAGAGCAGAAGCAGAACGGAUCCUGAAAGAAAAGCUAUCUGCCAUCAACGAGGCCACACGGUUAAAGACAGAGGCCGAGAUUGCCUUGAAGGAGAAGGAAGCUGAGAACGAGCGCCUCAGAAGGUUAGCAGAAGAUGAAGCUUACCAACGAAAACUACUGGAAGAACAAGCUGCUCAACACAAGCAAGACAUCGAAGAGAAGAUCCAGCUGCUUAAACAAUCUUCUGACAGUGAGCUGGAAAGGCAAAAAAAUAUUGUGGACGAGACCUUGAAGCAGAGGAGAGUUAUCGAAGAAGAGAUACGAAUUCUGAAAAUAAACUUUGAAAAGGCCUCUGUCGGCAAAUCUGACCUGGAGCUAGAACUUCAAAAACUGAAAAACAUUGCAGAAGAAACACAAAAAAGCAAGGAAAAGGCAGAGCAAGACGCAGAAACGCAAAGACGGCUAGCUCUAGAGGAGGAGGCUAGACGCAAAGAAGCUGAAGAGAAGGUCAAGAAGAUCAUUGCUGCAGAGCAAGAGGCUGCAAGGCAGAGGAAAUUAGCCCUAGAAGAGGUUGAGAGGCUUAAGGUGAAGGCUGAAGAAGCCAGAAAACAGAAGGAUCUCGCAGAAAAAGAGGCUGAAAGGCAAAUUGAGAUUGCUCAAGAAGCUGCCAGGAACAAAAUUGCUGCAGAGGAAAAAGCUUACCUGGCUACUGUUCAACAGAAAGAACAAGAACUGAUGCAGACUCGAAUCCAGGAGAAGAGCAUCCUUGAUAAGAUAAAGGAAGAAGCUGAGAAGGCCAAACGGGCAGCUGAGGAAGCCGAGCGAGCAAAGGUGAGGGCCGAACAUGAAGCCGCGCUCUCACGUCAGCAGGCCGAGGAAGCAGAGCGCCUAAAACAGAAGGCCGAGGAAGAGGCCCAAGCCAAAGCCCGAGCCCAGGAAGAUGCCGAAAAGAAUCGUAAAGAGGCAGAGCUGGAAGCUGCAAAGAGAGCCCAGGCCGAGCAGACAGCUCUUAAGCUCAAACAGAUGGCCGAUGCAGAGAUGGAGAAACAUAAGAAAUUUGCAGAAACAACUGUCAGACAAAAGGAACAGGUAGAAAGUGAACUGACUAAAGUAAAACUCCAACUAGAGGAGACCGAUCACCAGAAAACCAUUCUAGAUGACGAGCUGGGACGUCUAAAAGAAGAAGUCACAGAGUCCCUGAGACAAAAGAAGCUGGUGGAAGACGAGCUGUUCAAAGUGAAAAUCCAGAUGGAGGAGCUGGUCAAACUGAAGAUCCGCAUCGAAGAAGAAAAUAAGCUACUCAUAACGAAAGACAAAGACCACACCCAAAAAUUCCUGGUGGAGGAAGCAGAGAAGAUGAAACAAGUCGCAGAGGAGGCAGCACGUCUGAGCAUUGAAGCCCAGGAAGCCGCACGUUUGAGGAAGAUCGCAGAGGACGACCUGAAUGAACAACGAGCCUUGGCCGAAAAGAUGCUGAAGGAAAAAAUGCAAGCUGUUCAAGAAGCCACCCGCCUGAAGGCCGAAGCCGAGAUGCUACAGAAACAGAAGGAACUGGCCAUGGAGCAAGCUAAGAAACUGCAAGAAGACAAGGAGCAAAUGCAGCAGCAACUCGCCCAGGAGACCGAGGGCUUCCAAAAGACUCUAGAGGCCGAACGCCGCAGACAGCUUGACAUCAGUGCCGAAGCCGAACGCCUCAAACUGCAGGUGGUUGAAAUGAGCAGAGCCCAAUCCAAAGCCGAAGAAGAUGCCAAAAAGUUCAGGAAACAGGCAGAAGAAAUCAGCGAGAGGCUUCACCAAACAGAACUAUCCACCAAAGAGAAGAUGACCGUGGUUCAUACCCUUGAAAUACAGAGACAGCAAAGUGAUAAGGAGGCAGAAGAUCUGCGCAAAGCCAUCGCUGACCUGGAGCGGGAGAAAGAGAAGCUGAGGAAGGAGGCAGAGCUGCUGCAGAGGAAGUCAGAAGAGAUGGAGGUGGCACAACGGGAACAGUUACGGCAAGAAACCCAGACCCUUCAGUCCACGUUCCUGUCUGAGAAACAAAUAUUGAUCCAGAAAGAAAAAUAUAUAGAAGAAGAAAAGGCCAAACUAGAGAAACUUUUCCAACAAGAGGUCAACAAAGCCCAAAACCUAAAAGCUGAGAAGGAGCGUAAGCUGCAGCAGCUGGAGGAGGAGAAGCGACUUCUUCAGAUCAGCAUGGAUGAUGCUGUCAAGAGGCAGUUCAAUGCGGAGGACAUGGUGCGGCAGAAACAAGAAGAGCUGCAGCUGCUGGAUAAGAGGAGGCUCGAACAAGAGAGGCUGCUGGAGGAAGAAAACCGAAAACUCAGGGAAAGACUAGAACAACUGGAACAAGAACAUAGAAUAGCCUUGGAGAGAACAAAGGAGAUUGUGAUCCACAAAGAAACCAUAAUAACCCAGACCAGAGCCGUAUCAAACGGAAGAGAUUCUGUGGAUGGGUCCAUUGAAAAUGGUGAACAAGAAAAUGCAUUCGAUGGCCUGAGGCAGAAGGUAUCGGCCAACAAACUGUAUGAGGCUGGUAUACUGACCAAAGAGAUGCUGGACAAGCUGUCCAAUAAGCAGGUGUCUGUAGAUGAGGUCUCUCAGCGUGAAGACAUCAAAAAAUACCUCCAAGGCAAGAGCAGCAUAGCCGGGCUACUACUUAAACCCAGCAAUGAAAAGAUUAGCAUCUACAAUGCUAUGAAGAAGAAGCUGCUCACCCCCGGUACUGCACUCAUCCUGUUGGAAGCCCAGGCUGCCUCUGGAUACAUCAUUGACCCAGUAAGAAACAAGAAACUGACAGUCAGCGAGGCGGUAAAAGAAAACGUUAUUGGCCCCGAAAUACACAACAAAAUGCUGUCUGCAGAGAGGGCCAUCACUGGUUACAAGGAUCCUUACACAGGAGAGAAAAUAUCACUCUUCCAAGCUAUGAACAAGGACCUAAUUGUGAAGGACCAUGGCAUACGCCUGCUGGAAGCCCAAAUUGCCACAGGGGGCAUUGUGGACCCAGUCAACAGUCACCGUCUGCCUCUGGAUGUUGCCUAUCAACGAGGCUACUUUGAUGAAGAAAUGAGCCAAAUCUUGUCUGAUCCCUCAGAUGACACUAAAGGCUUCUUUGACCCCAACACCCAAGAGAACCUCACCUACCUGCAGCUUAUGGAGAAAUGUAUCAUCGACCCAGAGACAAAGUUGUGUCUUUUGCCACUGACCGAUAAAGCGGCAAAAGGAGAACUCGUGUACACAGAUUCAGAAGCCAAAGAUGUCUUCAAGAAAGCCACAGUCUCUGUUCCUUUUGGCAAAUUCCAAGGAAAAAGUGUCACCAUCUGGGAAAUUAUUAAUUCUGAAUACUUCACAGAAGAGCAAAGGCGGGAAUUGUUACGACAGUAUAAAACCGGAAAAAUCACAGUGGAAAAAAUUAUCAAGAUCAUAAUUACAGUGGUGGAGGAAAAUGAAAAGAAAAACCAGAUGUGCUUCGAUGGUCUGAGGGGUCCCGUCCCGGCAGCAGAACUGGUCGACAGCAAGAUCAUAGACAAUGACCUGUUCAACCAGCUCCACCAGGGCAAAAAGUCGGUAAAGGAGGUUUGCGAGGUAGAUGCUGUGAAAAGAUACUUGACUGGAAGCACAGCCAUUGCUGGAGUCCGAGUAGAAAAAUCUGGACAAAAACUCAGCUUCUAUGACGCUAUAAGUAAGAACCUUCUGAAACCAGCCACAGCCCUCAACCUGCUGGAAGCCCAAGCUGGUACAGGAUUCAUAAUGGAGCCUGUUAAUGGUGAACUACUCCCAGUAGACGAGGCUGUAAAGGCUGGAAUUGUUGGCCCAGAAUACCAUGAAAAGUUACUGUCUGCAGAAAAAGCGGUCACGGGCUACAAGGAUCCCUACACCGGGCAGGCACUGUCUCUGUUCCAAGCUCUGAAGAAGGGACUUAUACCAAAGGACAGUGGAAUUCGACUUUUGGGUGCACAAUUGGCCACAGGUGGUGUCAUAGAUCCAGUAAACAGCCACCGUCUCCCACUUGAGAUUGCUUACAAGAGAGGUCACUUGGAUGAAGAGACAACCAAGAUCCUGUCUGAGCCAGUGGAUGAAAAUACAGGUUACUAUGAUCCAAAUAGUCAAGAAAACCUCUCAUACGCUCAGUUGCAGAAAAAGUGCAAAGUGGACAAAAAAACUGGUUACUUUCUCCUCCCCCUCUCCGAACAAGCUAUACAAUCCCAACUGGAGGAGGUUUACAAUGACUCUCAAGCUAAAGAAGCAUUCGAUAAAGCAACAGUUGAGGUCCCUAUCGGCAGAUUCAAAGGAAGGAUUAUUACCCUGUGGGAGCUGAUCCAUUCUGAAUAUUUCACAGAAGAGCAAAGAAGAGAGCUCCUCCGUCAGUAUAAGACCGGCAAAGUCACUAUUGAGAAAAUAAUCAAAAUCAUGAUCACCAUUGUGGAGGAAACCGAAACUAAGAGACAGCAGCGCCUCACAUUCACCGGACUCCGAGCUCCAGUUCCUGCCAAUGAACUUCUGGAGGCCAACAUCAUUGAUAAAACCCAGUAUGAGCAACUAAAAGAAGGCAAGAAGUCAGUAAAGGAAAUAUCUGAGACAGAGUCCGUCAAGAGAUACCUCCAAGGCAGUGACUGCAUAGCUGGCAUCUACAUAGAAGAGAACAAGAUGAAAAUGAACAUCUACCAAGCCAUGAAGCGGAACAUGCUGAGGCCUGGAACCGCUCUGGUUCUUCUCGAGGCACAAGCUUCCACUGGUUUUAUUAUUGAUCCAGUAAAGAACCAAAAGUUCUACGUGAAUGAGGCGGUGAAGGCCGGAGUUGUCGGACCAGAGUUGCACGAAAAGCUGCUGUCUGCUGAAAAAGCUGUUACAGGGUACAAAGACCCCUACUCUGGAAACACCAUCUCCGUCUUUGAAGCUAUGCAGAAAGGCUUGAUUCUCAGAGAACAUGGGAUACGUAUCUUGGAAGCUCAGAUCGCCACGGGUGGAAUCAUUGACCCUGUACACAGUCACAGAGUCCCUGUAGAAGUGGCUUACAAGCGGGGUUACUUCGAUGAAGCCAUGAACAAGAUCCUCUCUGAUCCUACUGAUGACACUAGAGGAUUCUUCGAUCCCAACACUCAUGAGAAUUUAACUUAUUUACAACUAAAAGAAAGAUGCAUCAAGGAUCCUGAAACAGGUCUGACGCUUCUUCCCUUGAAGAAAACCGAGAAACCGGCAGCAUCAGCAGAAACGAGCAAAGUGUACAAUGAGGCAGAGACCAAGAAAGUGUUUGAGGAGACAACAGUGGACAUCCCAAGUGGAAGCAUGGCAGGCUCUUCAAUGACCAUCUGGGAGCUUAUGCAUUCAGAUCUUCUUCCUAAGGAAGAGAGAGAUCGGUUGAUGGCGGAGUUCCAAGCUGGAAGACUGACCAAAGAGCGCAUGAUUAUCAUCAUCAUUGAAAUCAUUGAGAAAACAGAAAUUAUUCGCCAGCAAGAACUGUAUUCAUAUGAUUUUGUCCGCCGCCGCAUUACAGCUGAAGAUAUGUACGAGUCCAGACUCAUUACUCUGGAAAUGUACAACAUGCUUAAGCAAGGAACCAAGACCAUCCAAGAAAUUAUCCAGAUCGAGACGGUCUGGAGAUAUCUGUAUGGAACUGGAUGCGUGGCAGGUCUACAGAUGCCGGCCUCUAAGGAAACCAUCAGUGUGUACCAGGCAAUGAAGAAAGGGUUGAUCACUCUCGAUGUGGCCUAUCAGCUGUUGGAUGCCCAAGUGGCCACUGGCUUUCUUACCGAUCCGGUGAAGAAUGAAUUGUUGACUGUGGAUGAGGCUGUCCGAAAGGGAGUAGUGGGACCUGAAAUUCAUGACAGACUUCUCUCUGCUGAACGAGCAGUAACUGGAUACAGAGAUCCAUACACUGAGCAAAUGAUUUCCAUUUUCCAAGCCAUGAAGAAGGAUUUGAUCCCGUCUGAUCAAGCUUUGAGAUUGCUUGAUGCCCAAUUAGCUACAGGGGGUGUCAUUGAUCCCCGCUUUGGAUUUCACAUUCCAAAUGAAAUUGCCUAUGCACAGGGCUAUCUGAACAAAGAGACUCUCGAUAUGUUGUCAGAGCCAAGUGAGGUCCGCAGCUAUGUGGACCCGUCAACUGAUGAAAAACUCAGCUAUUCUCAGCUUUUAAAGAGGUGCAGAAGAGACGAAAAGAGCAAUCUCCUCCUGAUGCCACUGGCCGACAAGAGAAAAUUAACAUUCAAAGGUUUGAGGAAAGAGAUUUCCAUGGAAGAGCUGAUAAGAUCUAAUAUUAUGGAUGCAGUGACAGCUCAGCAGUUGCAAGAUGGUUUAACAUCUAUUGAGGAGGUUUCAAGAAACCUACAAAAGUACUUGGAAGGCACAAGUUGUAUUGCUGGCGUCUAUGUGGAAGCUACAAAGGAAAGGUACUCCAUCUAUCAAGCCAUGAAGAAAGGUAUGAUCAGGCCAGGCACAGCAUUCGAAUUACUGGAAGCUCAAGCAGCCACAGGCUAUGUCAUCGAUCCCAUCAAAUGUCUAAAAUUGGCCGUGGAGGAUGCGGUUCGGAUGGGCAUUGUGGGGCCAGAAUUUAAGGAUAAGUUGUUGUCAGCAGAAAGAGCAGUGACUGGUUACAAGGAUCCAUACUCAGGAAAGCUCAUCUCUCUGUUUCAAGCCAUGAAGAAAGGCCUGAUCCUAAAAGACCAUGGUAUUCGUCUACUGGAAGCCCAGAUAGCCACCGGGGGCAUCAUUGACCCAGAAGAAAGCCAUCGUCUGCCAGUGGAGACCGCGUACAAGAGAGGACUGUUUGAUGAGGAGAUGAAUGAGAUUCUCUUAGAUCCCAGUGAUGAUACUAAAGGAUUCUUUGAUCCCAACACAGAGGAGAAUCUAACCUACCUUCAGUUAAUGGAAAGAUGCAUUACCGAUCCAGAUACCAACCUUUGUCUUUUACCCCUGAAAGAGAAAAAGCGGGAAAGAAAAACUUCAUCCAAGUCUUCAGUCCGUAAGAGAAGAGUAGUCAUUGUAGAUCCAGAAACUGGCAAAGAAAUGUCUGUGUAUGAAGCUUAUCGCAAAGGACUUAUUGACCAGCAGACCUACAUGGAGCUGUCAGAACAGGAGUGUGAGUGGGAAGAAGUCACCAUCUCCUCGUCCGAUGGAGUAGUAAAAUCUAUAAUCACAGACAGACGGUCAGGAAGACAGUACGAUAUUGAUGAUGCCCUUUCCAAAGGUCUCAUUGACCAGUCUUCCCUUGACCAGUAUCGCUCUGGGACCUUAUCCAUUACAGAGUUUGCCGACAUGCUUUCUGGUAAUAUGAGUGGCUUCCGUUCAAGAUCUUCUUCUGUGGGCUCUUCCUCCUCCUACACUGCUAGCCCUGGUGGACGGACUCAGUUGUCAUCUUGGAGUGACCCCUCUGAAGAGACCGGCCCUAUCGCUGGAAUAGUGGAUACAGACACAUUGGAAAAGGUCUCAGUUACUGAAGCCAUGCACCGCAACCUUGUAGACAACAUAACCGGUCAGAGACUACUAGAAGCUCAGGCAUGCACUGGAGGCAUUAUUGACCCCAUUACAGGAGAGAAGUUCUCAGUUGCUGAUGCAGUCAAUAAAGGUCUAGUAGACAAAAUAAUGGUGGACAGAAUUAACCUGGCCCAGAAAGCAUACAAUGGUUUUGAGGACCCAAGAACAAAGACAAAAAUGUCAGCAGCCCAAGCCCUGAAGAAAGGUUGGCUAUAUUAUGAAGCCGGACAACGUUUCCUCGAAGUGCAAUAUCUCACAGGUGGCCUUAUAGAGCCUGAAGUUCCUGGACGCGUCGGCUUAGAAGAAGCCCUCCGUAAGGGAACCAUAGACUCUCGCACAGCUCAGAAACUCAGAGAUGUUAACACUUACUCCAAAUACCUUACCUGUCCUAAAACCAAGCUAAAGAUCUCCUACAAAGAAGCCAUGGAAAAGAGCAUGGUAGAAGAUGGCACUGGUCUGAGACUUCUUGAAGCUUCCUCACAAUCAAGCAAAGGUUACUAUAGUCCCUACAAUGCCAGUGGUCCUGGGUCAGCCUCAGGUUCUCGAUCAGGUUCUAGAACUGGCUCCAGAUCAGGUUCAAGAAGGGGCAGCAUUGAUGGCACAGGCAACUCCAGCUUCACAAUGAAUUUCUCGUCUUCCUCCUACACCUCAUCCAGCUAUGGCCGAAGAUACACCAGCGGCCCCCAAGAGGCACCAUUUGAUGCAGCAGAAUUGGCGAGUGCACUGUUAAAGUUACAUGUAAGCUGCAGCCAGGAAUCGAGAAGAGGGUUCAACGUGUUAGUGCCCCUCGUGCCCGGCCUUGUAUAGAUCCAGCAAUAUGCACCCCAAAUCCAUGAACUUGAAACCUCGUUCCUGCUCUGCAUGUGGUGAAGCUUUAAUGGACUUUUAUUUUAUAAAUCUAUAUAUCUCACUAUCAGCCUCUUUCUAAUUGUACUUCUCAGCAGCAGUGCCUGAAAUAUUAACCAAAAAAUAUAUAUAGAAAACGUAAUGACAUGAACAUUCUCCUCGUUCUAAUGAUGUAAUUUGUAUAUUGAGAGAUGAUUACGAGAACACUACUGACCCCGCCUCGAACCCUCGCACUAAUAGAUGCCAAUGCAGAGCAGUGACCCCCCAGCAGUGAACGCUAAUCAAACACCUUACUCUAAGAUUUGGCAUGUGGACUGACAACCCCAAUUCCUGAAGCCUCAAGACCCAGAGAUUCUCUUGCUGCCUAUUGUCCUCCAUGAUGACCUACCUCCUGCUGCUCUUAUUAUAUGGACGGAAUCUGACCCCUCCUGCACUGAACAGUAUCUACAGCCUAAGUUUUCUACCGCACAGAGACCCCACUCUCCCAGCUCCUCAUCAACCCUCCUCAUCCCUACUUUGUGCCCUUCAUUCUUGUCUUCCAGAGAUGUCCUGAAGCCCCAGCUACCUCAAAACCACUAGUGACUAUAUGGCAGUCCAGAAUUGAAUAGAAGUUCAGAAUGAAUGUCCCAAAUAAGGGUUUGAGCCCCACGACCACCGAUUUGAUGGAUCGAUCUUCCUGUCAUUCUGGACUCGCCAUUUUCUGGACUCCGGAGACCAAUCUGGAGACCCGGACCAUCACAGAACCAGCUGUGCCCCCCAGAAUCCAG